AUGGCAAAUUCAACCAGAAAUGAAGGUUCUUAAAGUUCUAAUUUCAUAACUUAAACGCUAUCAGUUAAACUGACUAUCCCCUCCAAGUCGUUACCUGUAAUCGAUAUAGUAUUAUGUGGAAUCCUGAGAAGUCAUUUCCACGGCUCCUAGCGAGCUUUUGUUGCUAUCUGUCUUUUAAACCUUUCAUGUGACAAUUUUUUUUUCAAUAAGAUAAAUGUUUAUUUUGCAGAUACCUCCAAUAUCACACAAUGGCGACAGGCUCGUGUCACUGAAAACCACAUAUUGUUAAUAUGCGAUGACGUGGGUAGAUUCUGGAUAGACCUAGGAACUAUCUUGAAGCUGCCACCAGCUGAGGUUGUUAAUAUUGAGGACGAAAUCAGAUAUAACCGUGACAGGGCGAGGAGAGUGAUGAAAAGAUGGCUACAAAUGAAGGGAAGAGAAGCAACUAUGGGAAUUCUCGCAGAUGCUCUUGAGCAGAUUAAGAUGAGAAAUGCCGUCGAAAAGCUGAUUGGUAUGUGAUUUCUUAUUUGAAGAGAGUACACUCAGUGCCGAGUCUAUUUAUUUCCUUAAAAAAAUACCUUAAACCCAUGUGGGAAAAGAUUUUCAAAUGACCAACUUCUCAGUCAUACCAGGGGGAUUACAUUUUCUAACGCAGUUCGCGACGAAAGCAAGUUUUGUUACAUUUACAGUAGUUACACCAGGGAAGGAGAACCUAAUUAUACUCAAGCUCUACUUUAUAUAACAAAGAUAUCAACAACUGGACCAUUAGCCGAUGUAAAGCAAUAGUUUAGCCAGUCAGCGUUUCACUGCACAGUUUUUGCGAAGUUGAAGUACUACAGCGGGCCGGGCAUUGAGGCCUGAAUAUAAAGAAAACACUAGGACAAAUUGAACUACUUUUAUCAAUAAAAUGCAAUUGCAUACACGUAGAAGAAACUCGUCCAGAAAUCUUAUCUUAGCCCUGUGUUAAGUUACGAUUGUGAAAACCUUUUACUUUAUCAUUUAGGAAAGAGCCUAUUGCGACCUCUCUACCUUUGGUUAACUUCUGCAAAUUCUUUUUACUGCCUAACUAGAAAAAGUAAAAGUGGAGGCUGGAUUGAACUCCGUUCGAGCUGCAAGCGGGAAGUUACGAAAGGACGUUGAACUUUUGAGGGUAGAAAUACAGAACGGGCAACGGAUGCAUGACGAAACACGGAAAGAAUACGAAGAAUUAAAUUGCGAAAUGCAAACAGCAACUGGAGAGGAAGGCCGAAAAAACAUGGAAACUAGGAUGCAACGCCUCGAGACAACAAUUGAAUGGCUGGAAAGGCAAGAUCCACUACAAAAAUUGACUCGAUUGCUAGAAAUUUGCGGCAGGAUUGACGAGGGUCUACGUGAUGUACAGGAGAGCGUCAGAAAAGUCUCUGAAAACCAAAACGCGGCGGUUGGAAGGUCAUUCGAAGCCGAUAGGAAUACAUCAGAUGAACCUAUUGAGAGGCAACAAGAGGAAACUACAUCGGAAGAUCCCAUUCAGAGAGACACAAUACGGAGGGAUUCGCAGAACCAAAGAGAAAGUGAACCCAUUAUAAAACCUUUGCUUGAUCAUGACGGUAAGCUUAUAUUGCACAAUUCAUUGUCAGCCAAAUUUGUAAUGUUCUGUCCGAGAGACGUCGAUGGAGUCAGAUAAACUAAAACAAAUUAAUUUAAAAUAAAAAAAAUUCGUUUUAAUUUCAAAAUAUAUCUCUCAAAAUUCCCAUGCACAUGUUCAGAGUGCACGAAAUACCGAAAUACAACAUUUUCUGAACACCCUUCCCAAGAGUUCAACUGAAAUUGGACGAUAAAUGAAUCACUUGGAGAUACUGUGAUUCGAUAAUCCUUUUUUUAGUUCAUUUAAAAUUUUAGCUCGACGUUCAAUGGAAUAUAUGCCAAGUAUUUAUGCAAUCAUUGAUUGGGUUUAAAAACGUCGUCUUCAUCUUUGGGUAUCAAGUUAUCCUUCUUUAUUUUUUUUUUCCAGACUGUUCAACAAGUAUACUUGUGAACGUUAUUUUCUUACAGAUAUUGAUCGAAUACCGGCAAAAUUUCUCUUGUUUCGACCACGCAACUAAAUUUAUUCACCGCGCUAUUAACAUGUCUUCUACAUCACAUACAUUACAAGUGAGGAUUUCUGUGUCAUCAUGGUAAAUGGGCCUACUGGCGUCGUGGUUUUACUUUCCACGAAAGUUUAAUCUCUUAAUUCUGAAAUCAAUACCGAUGUCGAACUCAACUUUUUCAGGAGAAUUUUUUAUGUUCAGCAAUCCCUGCAAUAGGUUUUCUAGACGAUUUUCUUUGAUUCAAAUUUGUAGGAUAUGAAAUGGAACUCAAUGAUGUGGAAAAAGAAAGAGAUUCACUGAAAACCAAAUCUGGUAAAUCAGGCCAAACGAACAAAAAACAACUGGAGGAGAAAAGAAAGUUAAAAACAAAUAAUAAACAAGUUAAAGUGGAGAAAAACGAAGCCAUCCAACCAAAUAAAGUAAUGGUGGAACAGAUUCAAAAGCUUGAAGCGGAGAAAAAGGAGCUCGAAAUGACGUUAAAUGGUCAAACCGAUCUUAUGGCUGAAAAUGAAAAGCUGUCGACUCAAAUAGAAAGGCUGACAAAAAAAGCAAACAACUCUGAGUUUGAGUGCAAGCGGCUACAAGAGGAGCUCAAGACGUACAUAAAUUACCAAAGUCGUAAGUACACGAUAGAACUUUUUAAAGAUAAUAUUGACUUUCUGUCUUUGGCUAAUCCGUUUCAGUCUAAAGUGGUACAGCCUUGCGCUAUCUCUAUCUACGUAUCUGUCAUAUUAGCUUAGUUUUUCUUUAACCCCUUCUUUUACGUUAAGCACAUUCUUCGCUGAUGUUGAAUUAUAUACAUAUGUGAAGGGAAGACAAGGUAUUUUUUUCUUUUAACGUUAUCUAUCUUACUUUCGUUUCCACUUAGACGUUUUCUUACCAGCUGGAAAGGAAUUUGCCGGCAUAUGCACUGGUGUCAUCUGCUUCCUAAAACAAAGAUUAAAAGAUGCACCUUGCGCUGAAUUGAUUGCUUCCAGAUCUUCCGAUGGCCCUGGAGAUGGGGCUGACGUAUUAAACCAUAAGACAGGCACCGUCAGUGGGACAGAAGAAAAGAAAAAUUCGUGGUGGUCUAUUGAUCUGGGCUCAAGCCAUCGGCUUGUGAUCACACACUACGCUUUGAGGCACGGCAAAAGAGAAAAAGAGUCACUGCUAACCCAAUGGCAGCUGAAGGGAUCCAAUGAUGGGAAGCAAUGGGAAAACAUUGAAACUAUUCGCGACAAGAAGGAUCCACAGUUCAAAGAUCCUCCCCUAUUUUGUACAGGCAAAUGGUCUGUCAAAGGGGAAAUAGGGCCUUUUCGUUAUUUUCGAAUUUUCCAGACAGGUGUUAAUUCCUCUGGCAAAUAUGGAAUAUACCUAUCUGGAAUUGAGCUGUAUGGAGUACUUCUAAACAUGUGUGAACUAACAGAAACAGAGGCUUUAUCAUAUAAAGUUUUCAUCAAGCAGCCGAAUGAAAAGUGA